UAUGGUUUGUUUCAGUUUGUGAUUGAGUUUUGAUUUGUUACUUUAUUUUUUUAAUUUUUCCUUUCAGCUUUCAGUUUUAACUUUUUUAUUCAGGUAUAAGGUUUAUUGUGUGAAUACAAUGUUUGACGGUUAUGCCAACCAAGUACAGCAGGAUCCGAACCCUGCACCGCCGUCGCAGAAAGUUUUAAGAUUUGAUAAAGGAUAUGUGAAGACACUGCCUGGAAUACUGAAAAUAGUACAACUGUUAUGCAACCUAAUAGGUUUCAUAUGUUUAAAAGUAUCAUGGGCUUGGUUAUCGUCAAUCUUCUACAACAUACUGUACUGGGUGGCCAACAUCAUCACACUGUUUCUAUUCUGCAUGUAUAUGUUCCACUUUGUGGAGAAAUAUGACCGCCUGCCGUGGAUGAAGUUUGAAUUUUUCUAUUGCGGUGUUGUUGUACUCACUUAUAUUGUAUUAUCAAUUAUUGCAACUACUGUUGGAGAGAAUGGAUAUGCUGUUGGGUUCUUUGGUCUGUGUGCGAUCAUAGCAUAUGGAUAUGACAGCUACCUGAAGUACAGGUCGUGGAAGCGAGGCCUGCCUCCGCAGUAAUCCCCCAUCAACCUUACAAUUAGUUUUAUUUAGACUAAGUUAUACUUACAGUUAAGUUAACCCACAGCCUAUUGUUUUCAAGUUUUUGCUCAUAUCCAUAACAACUAUACUUAGACAAACUCUUUGGUUGUUUGACAUUAUUGCAUUUGUUGUUUAGUCUUUGUUAACGAAAUGGCAAUCUUUGUGCCAUUUAUAUUGUUAAAAUAUCUCUUAUAUCAGUAUUAUGGGAUCUACUUAAAAAUGGUAACAGAAUAAUUACUUAUUUUAUGAUUUAUGUAUUAACUUUAUGUAAUAAGCACAACUUUUGUACCUUAUAGUACUAAGUACUUAUAGACAGUUUGUUUUAGGAUAUGUGUAAGUAUAUGUAUUUUAAUCAGUGUAACUGAGCAAAUAUAAAAUGCCACAAUAUAUUGUAGGUGUUAUAUGACGCACAAAAAUGUGUCUUAUGUAUUGUGCCUUAA